UUCAUUAUGAGUGACAACGACCCGUCUCGGAAGCUCAAAACGGCCGUUCAGCCGUCACUUUCAUUACUCUGCUGCGUCGGUAACAUCCCACACUAGACUCAUCAUCGGGUCUGUUUGUUCAUCACACAGGGCGCAUUAUUGUGCGCACCAUCCCUUCAGAAGAUGGAUAUGAACUCCAGAAUAUGUGGAUUUUUGAUUUGUAUUAUCCAGACGCUGCUUUUGUCAUCGGCUACUCUGGAACCUUUCGACCUGCUUUACGAUAGCGGAGUGGAGGCUUUUUAUAAAGGAGAUUAUGGAAGUGUGGUGCGAUACAUGGAGAGCGCGCUGAACAGUUUCUCUGAAGUGCGCCGGUCUAGAAUCGCAUGCAGACUCAAAUGCAGGGAACAGCAUCGCUUUGACAGCUUUCAGACCGAGAAGAUUUUCGAAGUGAUUCUUCAUAAGGCACACUGUUUAAAUGAAUGCAUUGACGGCCGGAUUGGAGCCCAGUCCAUGCAUAAAAUCAGCGAGGAUGUCAUUCAGGAUUUCAACAGGAGAAUUCCAUUUAACUACCUGCAACUUGCCUACAGAAAACUCGGGCAACUGGACAAAGCUGCGUCCGCUGCUCAUACGUAUUUCCAAGCCAACCCUGAGCAUGUGGAGAUGGGAGAGGAUCUGGAGCAGUACAAAGCCCAGAAGGGUGUAAAAGAGGAACAUUUCAUUGACCGGGAGUCACGUCCACAUCAGAGAGCCUUCUUUGCUGGCGUGAAGCUCUAUGACAAAAGCCACUAUGAAGAGUCGGUGUCACUGUUUGAGAAGGCUCUGAGCGAGUAUUUUCGUGCCGAUGAGGAUUGUCGGGCCCUGUGUGAAGGACCGCAGCACUUCGAGGAGCAGGAUCACGUCUUGUACAAAUACAGCCUGUACGAGCUCAUCUCAGAUCAUUAUACACAGGUCCUUCACUGCGAGCAUGAGUGUGUCCGAGACUUGGCCACUCGUCCCGGUCGCCUGUCACCCAUGGAAAACUACCUGCCACUGCAUUACGACUACCUGCAGUUUGCUUAUUACCAAGCUGGGAGGUAUGAAGAGGCGUUGGACUGCGCAUUGACUUAUCUGUUGUUUCAUGAAGGCGAAGAGUUCAUGACGGAGAAUGUGGAGUAUUACAGAGAGGUGCUAGGACAUGAUGGCCAGCCACGUAAGGAAGCUGAAGGGUAUCUGAGGCGGCACAAACAGGAGUUGGACCUGCUCCUCAUUGGCAGCAGUAACCUUGGUGUGAACUAUACUGAAGGGAACUACUGGAGCAGUUCAGGUGGUAGAGAAGAUGCUAACAGGAUUCCUUCUGGUACAGAUGGCUGGAUGGAUUAUGUGCCAAUAUCAGCCAAAAGAAACUACACAAUGUCUGAGUUGCCAGAACUGAGAGAAGGAGGCCCACUGCUGUAUGAGAAUGUGCAUGUGGUACUGAACUCUCUCACCCUGAAUGGCAGUCAGCGGGUGGUGCUUGAUGAUGUCAUCAGUGAUGAUCAAUGCUCUGACCUCAGAAAUCUGGCACAUAGCGUCGCUGCAGCUGGCGAUGGUUACAAGGGAAAAAUGUCUCCUCACACACCAAAUGAGAGGUUCGAAGGGGCAACGGUACUGAAAACAUUUAAGUUUGGCUAUGAGGGGCGUGUUCCUUUAAAAAGUGCCCGCCUCUUUUAUGAUGUCAGUGAGAAGGCUAGACGCAUCAUUGAGUCCUACUUCAAGCUCAACUCAACUCUGCAUUUCUCCUACACUCAUCUGGUGUGCCGGACUGCUAUAUCAGGUCAGCAAGACCACAGGAAUGACCUCAGUCACCCCAUUCAUGCUGACAACUGUCUUCUUGACCCAGAGGCCAACGAAUGCUGGAAGGAGCCUCCAGCAUACACUUACAGAGACUACAGUGCCCUGCUGUAUCUGAAUGGGGAUUUUGAUGGUGGAGAAUUCAUCUUUACAGAAAUGGAUGCCAAGACGGUCACGGCCACGGUGAAGCCCAGAUGCGGGCGGCUGGUGGGCUUUUCAUCGGGUGGAGAGAAUCCACAUGGAGUUCGGGCCGUCACUAGAGGGCAGAGAUGUGCCGUAGCUCUCUGGUUCACUUUAAACCCCCUCUACAGGGAGCUGGAAAGGCUUCAAGCAGACGAAGUGGUUCAGGCUCUGGAUAAUCAGCACAUGUUUGACGAUGACCUUCGUAUCAACCCGAAAGAUGAGUUAUAGUCCAUCCGCCUAUGGAGGAAAGCACAGGGUUCUUCACAUCUAUACCUAUUUAUUUAAAGACCAGAAAAACUUUAUUUUGUUUACUGUUGUGAUGUGUUUAUUUUGUUUUUGACUGUUUGCAAGAGUGUUAUUAUAAUGUGUGAAUAUAAAAACCUCAGUUCGCAUUUAUAACCUUAUAAAGCAACCCAGGCUCAUUCUGAAUACGUACCCCUAUAUACAUUUCUGGAGAGUGCCAAAUACGUCCCAGGAGGUACGUUUUUUUUUUUUUUGUUGCAAUUUUUGAUUUCACGAAUCCACCAGAGGCUGCUGUGUACGCUUUCUGUAUGCUCAAAUUUCUCUCACAAGUGCCAUUCACACCUGCUCUUCUCGUGUAAAUCCACCAGAGGCCUAGGGUUGGUUAGUUUAACCCUCCUGUCGUGUUCACAUCCUGCCCCUUACUUGACCGGUCUGUUUUAACUGCUCUUAUAUUAGCACAAUUAUCAUUUUUCUCCACCAAAUUUUUAUUCAACAUUCUUUAGCUGUGAACAAUGUCUCAAAGUAGUGUUUCACAUAAAUUUGCAGAAUUAGACAUAAAAUAACUGCAAUGAAUGUAAAAAGAGGCGCUGAAAAUAUAUUACAAAAUGAACAAUAGAUAACAGAAAUUAAUACUUUGUUUCAUUACUAAUAGACAGCUCGCUAAAAUAACCAUCACAGGGUCUGACCAAAGAAAUUAACAUUUUAAUCCAUCUGAAUGAUUUAUCAACCAGCAAAGCACAAACAAAAUGCUAUCCUUUCCUGUGUUCUGAGUGAUCGAAUUUUCAGUCGUAACAGACACAUACGUAACAGGCACCUAGUCUGUGUGAAGAUGAUACACUGUUUUAUCAGGAAGUUGAUUCACGUUGGAGGAUCCAACACUUUCAUGGCAAUUCAUAACUUAUUGGUUAAGUAGCUAAUCUAUAUGAAUUUGUAUGGUCAUAUUCAUACCGUUUUGUCCAAUUUGCUAAUCCCCAAUGACGAUUGGGUUUAGGGGUGGGGUUGGGUUCCAUGCCUUAUUUUAAAAUUCGUACAAUUUUGAACUCAUACGAAUUAGCCACUAAACUGACAAUACGUAAAAUAGUUAUGUUUCCUUGUGAGAUCAGGCUGGAGGAUCAGCACAUAAGAGCGUAAAAGAGAUGUGUUCCUGCAAAAGACAUUGUUCAGUCUGAAAUGAGUGAGUGAGUGAGUGAGUGAGUGAGUGAGUGAGUGAGUGAGUGAGUGAGUGAGUUGGGGUAGUGUGUGUGGGGACGUUUUCUGUCUGAUGAAUGAAUAUAGCCUGGAUACCUAUUUAUUUCCUAUGGCGGUCACUUUUGACCGGGAACACCACAGGUAAUUCAACGAAAGAUAUGAUCAUCACUUUUGUAUGUUCAAAUGCAUAGUGGGGAGGAUAUCAUAAGGCCUGGAGGCAAUCAGGUGUAAAACACAAUAUUAAUAAGUGAUUUAAGUUGUAAAUCGGUCAGAUUUGACCUGAACACGACAGGAAGAUUGAGCAAAUUAGAUGAAUGCGAUUAUGCGUGUUGAUGGAGGGAGUCGCUCACCGCAUGCACCGUACUGCGCGCUUUUCCUUCUAUAAGCAACAAGAACAAACGGCUGACAUCGCUGACGAUGUCUGUAUCCCCUUAAAGCUGUUUAGAAUGAAAUAUUUAGAGAUGGUGUGACAAUGCGUACUUAUGUGUGCCUUUGAUGCACCCCUUGAUGCUUCUUACGUUCUUACAAAGAUGUUUCGGUACCCAACCCUACUGUCGACUGACUGAUCGAUUGACCCACCCUCCUCCUAAAUCCAACCGAUAGUGUUUUUUUCAAAAGCACCGGACUUCCCUAAACCCAACCAAAUGCGUUUACAAAAGCAAUUCAGAAAAUGAAAGCCCUCGCGGCAGCCUGAUUUUUACCAUGUUUUCAUAUUUUACCACAUUCUCACCCUGUUAUUUAUUUGUUUAUUUGAUUUUUUUUUUUUUGGCUUUUGUUUUUGUUUUACUUGCUUUCUGAAACUGUUCUUCGCCAGACUCAAACCCCGUCGUCUUCGCUCUGCAUCUUGUCCACUGACAUACACGUCAAGCCAAUGGACAAACUAGUAACAGCAGAAAAAAGCUGUCCACACAUGGAGGUAAAUGGUCAGCUGGUAAGCGUGAAAAGGAACCGCGUCAUACCGCCCCUUGGCGUUCGUUUUAAGUGAAGUUUAAAUUUUAAACUAAUUUCGAGAGGAGCAUGUGCUCAUGAUUGACCCAGCUGGUCCACAUUAACUAAUCAUGAUCCUCCAAUCAAAGGAUCCCAUGUCACUAUAUAUAUCCUCAUUUCCUCUCUACAACUAUCUUCGUCUGGAAGAAACCCCCCUCCUCCCCUUCUUCCACCUUUAUCAAGAAUGGGCGGCACGGUGGCCUAAUGACUAGCACGUUUGCCUCACAGCAAGAAUACCAAUGGCGUUGGGUCUUCACUAGGCCAUCUGGCGUUUUUGUGUGGAGUUUGCAUGUUCUCCGUGUGGGUUUCCCCCGGGUUCCCUGGUUUCCUCCCACCAUGCAAAUGUGCUCUAUAUUAUAGAUAAAAUAAGCCUAAAUCUUUUUUCUAAUGUCUUACUCUCAGGAAGUUCACCUUGGCCUCAGCUGCGGGGGAGUUUCAGAUCGACCUGAGCUCAGUCUCCCCUCGCCCUGUGAAAGGAGGGAGCCCUGGGCUCGAGGAUACCUUGAGCUCAGGGCUCUCUCCCGGGACAGCACGCCAAACAAGCUAUGUAUAAAUCGUGAGCUAAGUGUGAACUCUUGAAAGACAAAAUGCAGCCAUACAUUCCUCUAUCUACAUAAUUAGUGAUCUCCAGAAAUGUACAUAGGGGUACGUUUUCAGAAUGAGCCUAUGUUGUUAUAAAGUCAAGAUGGAAUCAGCAAUGUUGUUACGCAGACCAUCAUGAUACAAUUUUAUGCUGGCUUCAAAAGAAACUAAAUAUCCUGUCAUUUCUAUGCAUCAGAGUAUGUUUUGAUGUUCAUUUUAUUAAGGCAAGACACUGCUGGUGCAAACUACAGUAAAAAAAUGUAACUAAUAAUUAUACUUCCAUGGUUGACUGAUUACAUUAUAAAUAGAAAAUGCGCUAAAUUCUGUACAAUUCUGACAAAAAAAACAAUCCAAAAAUGUACUGAUGAUUUGAUGGUUUAGCCAAGGUUUUUGCCUACAGUGUGUCGCCUGAAAUGAAAUGCACCAUUCAUACCAACCAAAGACACUGUACAACAUCAUAAAUCUGGAUUUAUUUUAUAUUCAACUCUAUUUAAUGAAACAUAAUCCGAGUUACCUAAUGAAAGACUAUGAAAAGUGAGGAUUUGCACAGUUUUAUAUUUACUGUCCAUUCUUCUGUGAUAUUAGCAUACAGUAGCUGUCAGUUUUCUAAUAGUGCACUGUGAUUUCGUUCACCACAAUGCUUUCAGAUAAGUUAAUUUAUACCGUUUACAAAUGACCUGACUCAAGCUAUGAUGUUAUUUGAUCAUAGAGGUCAGCAUUUAAUAUUAGUAACCUUUUUAAUAAAAGAUGAUAUUUGUUCCUGUUUCAAGGAAUUUGAUCUUAAAUGUGGCAUAUAUGAAUUGUCCUUUCCUUUCAAAUUCAUUGACUCGUGUGUUACGUAUCUCUCUGGUUGCCUCAGAUCCUGUUGAAUUUGAACAAGAAGGACGACGGCCACUUUUAUUCACUGAUGUUUUACUACAUGAGUAUUUAAGUCUGGUUUUACUGUCUGUAAUGCACAUGAUGAUUGUGAUGUGUAUUUGAAAUUAAAAACUGAUCUGUCCUUAA